UGUUUCCUCCUUCGUUUUUCGUUUCGGGACCUUCCUCUUUUUCUUUUUCUUCCGUCUCUGCUCCAGUCGUGCGCGCGCCCUGUCCACUUUUGCACUAAACCACCUGACUCUUCUAGUCUCUCAUGGCGACCUUCUUCAAGCGGUAUCGCCGGCAGUCGGCGUCGGUUGAGCUGGAGAAGCAGCGCGAGUUGUUUGAGCAGCAGCAGCUCAAAGUCGGCGGCUCCGAGCCAACCAGCAUGAGCACUCAACCACUCGCGGAGCAGUGCAAGAACAUUGACUCGUACGAACUCAUGCGGACGCUGGGCACCGGAUCGUUCGGGCGCGUCUUGCUCGGACGGGACAAGCAGACGCGGGCGUGGGUUGCCGUCAAGGUGCUCAAAAAGGAGCGGAUUGUCAAGACAAAGCAGGUCGAGCACGUCCUGCAGGAGAAGAACAUUUUGGCAACCGUCAGCUGUCCGUUCAUUGUCAACAUGGCCGCCUGGUUUAAGGACACCCGGUCACUGUACAUUGUCCUCGACUUUGUCAACGGUGGCGAAAUGUUUACGCACCUGCACCACUUUGGCCGCUUCCCCACGCACGUUGCCAAAUUCUACGCCGCAGAGGUUGCGCUGGGCCUCGAGUACCUGCACAACCUGGACAUUAUUUACCGCGACCUCAAGCCAGAGAACUUGCUAUUAGACGCCAAGGGGCAUGUGCGAAUCACAGACUUUGGCUUUGCAAAACGCGUGUACGAUCGCACCUGGACGCUGUGCGGCACUCCCGAGUACCUUGCCCCGGAGAUUAUCUUGUCAAAGGGCUACAGCCACGCCGUGGAUUGGUGGGCCCUGGGCAUUCUACUCUUUGAAAUGAUGACUGGACAUGCGCCCUUCACCGAUCCCAACCCCAUGGGCAUCUACGAAAAGAUUGUCCAGGGCACCAUCGACUUUCCAAAGCACUUCCACGCCGACGAAACAGACCUCAUCCGCAAACUCUGCACGGCAGACCUCACUCGCCGCCUCGGAAACAUGAAGGACGGAGCAGGCGGCAUCAAGACGCACCCAUUCUUUAAAUCCAUCAACUUUGAUGCGCUCUACGCCGGCAAGGUCGAUCCACCGUAUGUCCCCAAGGUCGUGUCCGACGGCGAUGCGUCCAAUUUCGACCAAUACCAGGAGGAGCAAAUCCAAGGACUGGCGCCGAUUCCAGAUCCCUACGAUGAGUUGUUCAAGGAGUUUUGAAAGCAACCAGGUUUACCCUUCUUGGUGUUUGUUUUGUUCUGUUUGAGUUUUGCGACCUACCCUUGUAUCUGCUGCCUCACGAUCAAGCCCGCUUGACUGAGGCGAUCCGAUGAUACCUGAUUGGUGUUUCCUCCUGGUUUUGGUUUUUUUGUUUGUUUGUUUUGCUUUUGUUUUUGAUUUUUUUUUUCCUUCCAUGACUCUUGCGCUUUGGUUUGUCUUUGUUUUAGCUGUGCUCCUUUGCUGCCAAUCCGCUGUUUUGUGCAGCUUGCAUCUUUUGUUCUUUCUGCCAUGUCUGAGUUAAUCUUUUGCGAUUAUGAAUAACAAUGCAGAUAAGAAAGCCAGCA